AUGAAUAGAAUAUUGUUUAUCCUUUUUUUAAUCUUAAUCGAUUUUAAAAAAUGCUUUAAAAUAAACAAUUCAAAUAAUAUCCAAUUUGUGGGGAAUUUUGUUUAUUCGCCUCGAUGCAAUAAUGUACUUAAAAGAAACAGAACUAAAAAAAAAGAAAAUUAUAUUUUUGAUUUCUCGUUAAAAGAAAAAGAAACAAAUAAAAAUGAAACAAACAUAUUUGACGAUUCAUAUAUUUAUCAUACCCCAGUGUUGGUCAAUGAAGUAAUACAAAUUCUAGAUACUACAUUAUUGACCAGUCAAAGUGAUAAAAUAAUUAAUAAUCUAAAUACAAAUAAAGAUGACAUAUCAUCAAAUAACACCAGCACAUUAAUUUGGAAUAAAGAAAAUGAUUUAAAAUUUAAUAAUGAAAAAAUAGAAAAUGUGUAUGAUAGAAAUAAUGAUAAAUUAAAAUUCUAUAAUAAUAUUAAUUAUGAUAAAAACAUUUUAUUGUGUAAAGAAGAUGAAUAUUUGAUAGAUGCAACUUUAGGAGGGGGGGGUCAUACUUUAGAGAUUUUAAAAAAAUUUACAAAUUUAAAAGUGAUUUCUAUAGAUAAAGAUAUCGAAGCAAUUUAUUAUAAUAAAUAUAAAUUAAAAUCAUAUAUAAAUAAAAAUCGACUUAAAAUUAUUCAUGGAAAUUAUAAAGAUAUUUUAUUUUUACUAAAUUAUUAUUCGUUACCACUAUUUAACACUUAUAGUGCUAUUUUAGCAGAUUUAGGUUUAUCGACCCAUCAAAUUAAAAGUAGCAAAAGAGGAUUUAGUUAUAAAUAUAAUGAUAUUCUUGAUAUGAAUAUGAAUAAAUAUACAGAAAAAGAAUAUAUCAAGGAUCAUAUAAAUAAAGAAUUAAAACAAGACAGCAAAAUAAAGGAACUAUAUAUGACAAGCGAAUCUCAUGAUAAUAAUAUUUAUCAUAAAAAUUAUGAUAGUAAAAAAAUCCAUGAUAUUUUAAAUACAUACAAUCUUAAAAAAUUAAAAUAUAUUAUACAAAAAUUUGGAGAAGAAAAAAAAGCUUUUAAAAUUGCAAAAAAAAUAAUCGAAUGGCGAAAAAAGAAUGGGGAAAUUAUAACCACAUUUGAUUUAAAAAAUAUUAUCCUUUCAACUUGUAAAAAUAAUUAUAAAUCGAAUAAUAAAGUUUUAUCGAGAGUAUUUCAAUCAUUUAGAAUCUAUAUUAAUAGUGAAUUGCUAUCAUUAAAAAAUUUAUUAUUAUCUUCUCAUAAAAUAUUAAAACAAGGAGGAGUUUUAAUUGUUAUUUCAUAUCAUUCUUUAGAAAAUAAAUACAUUGAUUUAUUUGUUAAAAAUAAAACAAAAUUAUGGAACCAAAUUAAUAUACAGCCAAUAGUACCUACUGAUCAAGAAAUCAAACUAAACAAAUCAUCACGAUCUGCAAAAAUGUUUGUUUUCAAAAAAAUAUAA